AUGUCUCUUCAUAGUUGCGAUACCGACGAGGCACAAUACAGACAGGCGGCUCAGAAUCUGGUCGACUCUGGCCUCACUACCCUCGGUUACGAGUACUUUAGCUUAGAUUGUGGCUGGCAAGGCACGACCCGCAACUCAACCGGCGGUUUCACAUGGAACACGACCCGAAUCCCAUCUGGCGUACCGGCACUGGCAUCUUUUGUACAUGACCUUGGGUUGAAGUUCGGAGUGUAUAGUGAUGCUGGGUAUUUCUCCUGUGACUUCGUUGGAGGCACCGCAGGAUGGCUAGGAUCACUCGGGAACGAGACUUUGGACGCUGAGACAUUUACCUCGUGGGGAGCUGACCUCCUAAAGUACGACAACUGCUUCGCCGUGAGCCCGAUGGAUUUCGUCGACAAUGAUCCACCAAUCAGUCUCGAGCCCCACUACGUGGCAAUGAGGAACGCGCUUGAAGCAACUGGUCGACCCGUUCUUUUCUCAAUAUGCGAGUGGGGUCUGCAAGAUCCUGCUCGGUGGGCGAGCGAUGUUGGUAACUCGUGGCGGAUUUCGAAUGACAUCGGUCCUCCGCCCUCGUGGGACAACCUUUUCCGCAUAAUAAACGAAGUCGUUCCUGUCACCGGUUUCGCAGGUCCCGGAGGUUUCAACGACUUGGAUCUUUUGGAGGUCGGGAAUGACGGAUUGACAGUCGAGGAACAGAAGACUCAUUUCGCGUUUUGGGCUGCGGUAAAGUCUCCUUUGAUGAUUUCCACCGAUUUGACCAGCCCUACGGAUGAUACUUUGGAUAUACUGAGCAAUCAACGGAUUAUUGCUCUCAACCAAGACACUCUGGGGGCCUCCAUCGCCUUCAAGCGGCGUUACACGAACGACCACGAUGUCUGGGCUGGACCACUAGCGGACGGGUCCACGGUCGUUCGUACGUGCCAGUUCCUAUAA